CUUUCAAUGAACAAGGGAGCCAAAGGAUGGACUCGGAUGUCUCCUUCCUGUUCCAAAGCCCAGCUCCUGGGGGCAUCCCGGAAUCUCAAGUCCGAGCAGAACUUUCCCCCCACUACGACCGGAACUCACUGCCCAGAGACCAGGCCCAGAUUGACAGUGCAUGGGCAGCGCGUUGCCAGCAGAACCCCUGGCUUUUCAACGGGGCCAAAUUUCGCCUCCACUCCAUCAAGGCGGACGGAACCAUUUUGACUUUCCGUCUGGGGCUGACCAGCUAUAAGGACUUUGUGGGCACCAACUUGACUGAGUCAGCCAGGCAGCUCCAGGAGCAGGGACGCAAAGACUUCGGGGACAGCCAAGCCUACCUCGCUGAGCCCCUAGGCGUGGGUGCCAUGUUGCACGCAGCAGACGACACUUUUAUCUUCUUGAGACGCAGCCUGUGUGUGGGAGAAGCGCCAGGAAAGAUCGAUGUUCCUGGGGGACAUCCAGAACCUCAGGCUGUGUUAGGAGAUGGCACCUUGGAGGGAUCCUCUAUCCGCCAUCAGGACCUUCCAGGAGACCUUGUGGUCAGAGAGUUGUUCUCCUCUGUGCUUCGCGAGAUCCAGGAUGAGGUGAACCUUGAACCAGCCACACUCAGCAGGCCUCUUUUGCUUGGGAUAGCUCGGAAUGAAACCAGCGCUGGCCGGUGCAGCGCUGAAUUCUACGUCAGGUGCAGCCUGACUUCUGAGCAAGUGAGGCAGCGUUAUGCUCUUGGGGGCCCUGAAGCUCUAGAAUCGGUCGGCAUCAUCUUUGUCAGCAGAGAGGGUGUCCUAUCGAUGGAGGAGAAAGGCAAGCUGUGGGAGGAACUGUGCCCAUCAGCCAAAGGGGCAGUGAAACUAUACACCCAAGUCAUGGGGGCACAUCGGUGAAAGGCCCGUUGGCGAGGGAUAGACUCUCAAGGACUGUU